AAAACCCACUCUUUCGAAGCGAACAGUUAAACAUCCGCUUACUGUCGGAAUUGAGUGUAGUUUAAGAUUAGUAUCUGUGCAAUGUGUUUAUCACAUGAUCAAAACAACCAAGAUGGCUGAGGCUGUUAGACCAAGGCCCCGAAAACAGAAGUCCAAGAAGACUAAACAGGCUUCAGCUAAAAGUGAAGUGAAUGAGGAGGCUGAAGACAAUGUAUGUAUUCAAGAUGCUGUUAAAGCUCCAGUUGAAGAACAAACACCCAAAGAUGACCCAGAGCAGACUGCGCCUGAUCCUGUACCCACAGAAAAGGAAGAGAUCCCUACAGGGGAUGGUGCCAUUGAAGAAGGCACCAUACAUCAGAAGGAGAAGAAUGAAGAAAAACAAACUGCCACAGAAUUUGAGAGUGAAGAUGUAGCUGAAGAGUCAGGUACCUACAGUGAUGCUAGAGAGCUGCUUUCAGGUGACUAUUCUGGGGGUCAAGAAGACUGUGUAACUGAAGAACAGGCGGGCCAUGAGGCUAGGCCUGACCAAUCUAUAAAUGAAAAAGAUACAAAAGAAGGUCAGGCCUUUGUUGAGGAGAAGGUGGUUUGUGAGAAUGAGAGUACUUCUGCCGUUCCAGAUGGAAGUUCACAUGUUGUGCCUGAAAGACCCCACACUCUUCUUCCUCAAGCCGAUGAGGCUCGUUCUUCCCCUGCUCUGUCACACGUUAGUGACCAGGAGAGGGGACCUUCUCUCCAGCACCAUGAACCGACGAGCGUUCACUCUCCACCCAGCGCAGCGUCUCUGGCUGCUCACAUGCAGCGGCACCAUACAUCGUCGCUCGCAGACAACCACCGGUACAGGGUGGGUUCUCCUAACUCCCCACUCCACAUAGAUGGACCUGCUGUGGUAGAGGACCCAGAUACCCCAAUGAUGCGGGCUACGUCUCCACAAAUCCACAAGACUCUUCAGAGAGAGUCAACGAAAUCACCACCACCCACAGUGCCUACGGUUGUGUACGAGGAGAAGAGCCCUACGCUAAUGGCUGAGGAAGCUUUGGCUAGGAUGAGGGCUAUGGACCUCCAGCUUCGGGUGGAGCCGAGCCAUGAGGAACUCGCGUCUCCUGUCACCGAUGUCUUACCUGGAAACUCUUCAGUUUCAUUCACUGCGGCUUCACAUGAUACCGCGUCGAAGUCUUCACAGUCGUCAGAAAUAUGGAAGAAGCCUGGAGAAAAGAUCUUGUCUACCCAGCAGCAAGAGAUUGCUGCUACCCCAGCAGAGUUGAUGCAAACACAAAACAAAAGUGUGUCGGAGGAGAAGACUGCCGUGAACAUUGCAGAGCAGCCCAAGGUUUCGACCAAGUCAGCUUUCCCGGUACAGGAACUUGAAAAGGAGAAGCAGAAGAAAGGCAAACUGGGUGCGAUGACUCUGGAGGAAUUGCUAGCUCUGUACUACAACCCCCAGCUCGCAUACAACGCCAGAUUUAUUGACGAUUUUGUUCAGAGAGAGAGCAAGAAAGACAGCCAUGAGUUCCUGGAGAUUUUGUCCAACUAUUUCCGCACGCGGCACCAGCUGGUGAGUGUGGAGGAAGACAUCCACAGUCUGCAGAAGAACUACUCUGGCCUGCAGAAGGAGCUGUGGCAGUUCCAGAUGAAGACAAUUACAGUUCAGGGUCAGUGUGCCGACCAGGCCAAAGUGACCAUCAACCACAGUUAUGAGCAGUGUCUACUGAACGAUGAGGCGGUGAACAAGAUGGGCUACACCCUGGAGACCAUUCGCUCACAGAUCACGGACAACUUGUCUCUGUUUGCCUACUCUGCCCAGAUCUCAGCGCUGCAAGUGGAGUCCUACAUCCAUGACCUGUACGUGAGCUGCCCCAUAAUCAGAGACAUACCCAAGAAUGCCCCUAUACAAUCGAGGCUGCAGGUGCUUCCACAAGAGGAACACCAAAUACAAAGAUUAAAGGACUGCAUCAGCAUUCUCUUCAUGUUCCAUCGCAAGCCGACGCUGGAUGGAGAAUUCAUCAACAAUAUCCGUCAGUGGACCGUGCGGCUGACAUCGUCAUUGCUGCGUGUCGCUACGUUCUCGGACCACCUGUUUAUCUUGAACCACCUCUUGCGGUGUCCGUCAGGAGUUGGACGGUGGGCGGCAGAACUUGUCCAGCUGCCCGUGCUGACCCCUGUCUCAAGUGCUCCGCAUCAGCAGACCUUUGGGGGGCCCUUGCUUGACCACACGAUUACUGCUUUAGCGACCGUGCUGCUCCCGGCGAAGGCGCGGGAGGAGUUCAUGUGUCACAUGCGGAUCAAUCUGUCGGCCGAGAGCAUCCAGGAUGAGAGGGCCUGGAUACUGGUGGAUUCUGAUGGUGAAGAGGAUGAGGACCCAGCCAACACCUGGCUGUACCUGCAUGAGAACGACAUCGUUGCUCUCCUGAACCAGUUCCCUCUGGCCGACCUUUAUGCCCACAUUAUGAUGGCUGGCAUUUCUGAAAGCGGUUCUGUGGACUAUGACAUCCGGCGCAGCACGGAGCCCAUGAUGAUCCGCCUGUUUGCCUUCAGCACAGUGUUAAUCCAGCUGUUUGGCUCGGGCCUGACCACAUACAACAUGGCCAGAUACCGACAGCUCAACAAACGCCUGGGUCGUCUCAUCAGGCAAACAGUGUGUUUCGUAUCUGACCACUGGCUCAACUUCAAGAUCUACUACGGACCACUUGCCCCUGUGGCCAGUAUGGAAACCUUGCAGCUGGAGUUUGACCAACUCUUCAUGAGGGCCACAUACAGCAUCCUCACAGCUCAGAAUGGACUAUAUGAUUUCAGACUAGGCUCAUGGCAGUUUAUGGCAGACAUGCCGUACACCUGUGUGUCCACCGACAGCAUGUGGCAGCUGCUCUGGGUACUGCAUCAAGGUCAAGGUCAGGUGGUCAAUCUCGACCGAUUGCCCCCUGUCCAGAAGUGCAAGGAAUACCUGGAGGAUCCAGACAGCUGGCAACAGCUAGCGGACAACCUGCUGCACAUGCCUACAUCAGAGGCCAUCUACCUACUGACCACCUUUGCCAACAUGGCCAGCUGUCGCUCUUACGAGGAAGAAGCCUUCAUACAAACCAUCACCCUGGAGGUUUUUGAGAUUGCUUACAUUUGUAACCACACCCGAGAGUUCUGCUCCAAGGUGGGCAGGGAGCUUCUGUCUGGCAUUAUCCAGACUCACCCAACGGCCUUGUCCUUCCUGUUGGCCAGGGUCAAGGACGUGCUGGCCAAACUGGGCAAAAUGUCGCUGUACUUGUUCUCGGAGCUCCCCGUGAGUAUAUGGCAGCCCUCAGACCCGGACAUCCUCAUCCUGCGCCAGUGGUUGCUGAACUUUGACCUCCUGUCUUCGGAGAACCAGCUUGCACGGGUUAUUCUUGGCAAAAUCAACUGGGAUGUUUUUGAGCAGACUGGCCGCCUGGUGGUGGAUGUCCGACUUCACCGUCAGAUGGCGCUUCUCCUGGUGGAGGCGUACACACGCUUCAUCGCCGACAAGAAAGCUGGCUUCUUCAUCAUGGAGGGAAUGAGACAGAUGGCUUUCUACAUGUCGUCGAGCCUCACAGCCGAGCAGAGCUUCAACAACUGGGUCUGGGACCUGGCCAUCCGGCUCAAGCUGCACCAACACAGUGUCCUGCUUCACGCGAUGGGGGUCGUGGACCUCAACUUUCAGCCUCCCAACCUGGGCGGAGACGCGUGGCUGCUCCCCGUGCUGAAAGGCACGAGCAACAAAACCCCCAUCGCAUGCUUCGUGGCUCUGACCAUGACAAACAUUGGGCAUGACAUCACGAGCUUUAUCUCAGAAGGCCUUGACCUUCUGGCUGUGUUGACGGCCAACUACCAGUACACCACGGCUAUUCACGUCAUCGGCUGUGUGUUCCCGAUGUUCAUCGACUGCCCACAGUAUCUGCUGGAGAACAUCAACUUCAUCCAGAUCAUUCAGUCAUUGCUGGGUGCAGAUGAAUCAUUGCUAAAGUCCACCAAGUCGACCAUCAUGAGUGUGGAGUUCCCUGGUCUGGUCACGCAGCAGCUCACAGAGAUGAUUCAGGCUUUGAUCACCAGUCACCUGACGCAUAGAAAAGGGGACAAAGUCAUUAUGUUUUGGGUCAAUGUUAUCUUCAAAGUCUGCAAGUUCUUCACAGACAGAAACAGCUGCUAUGUGGCAGACACCCUGAUCCAGUGGUGCUUUGUGAAGAAAGGAGUCAAUGAUGUGAUGGCUAUGAUCUUUCGCGAAAAUUACUUGAAAUUCUGCUACGCCUUCAAGAACCGGCAAGGGGCGCUGUCCUCCAUGUGGAACUGGAUCGCCUCCUCCACCACCCUCCCCUCCUACAUGGACAGCGCCUCGCUGCCCGAGUUCCCGUGGCUGGCCUACAUGAUCCUCAUGGUAGAGGGAGAGAGCGAGGUCAACUCCCGCCUCUGGCAGAUGCUCAUCAUGGAGCUGCACUCGCCCAACCGCCCCAAUAUCGACAACGGCCUCCGGGUUGCAGUGUCCAAGCUUCACCUGGAGCAGGCCCCGACCGCUAGCCGACUGACCAUCUACCGGUGGGCCCAGCAAGCUCUGGACACCCCGUUCGACCACCCUCUGUUGCCCAUCCUGUGGCAGAGGUUCUUUGCCCUGUACCUGGGCAGGCAGGUGUUCGAGUCAUGCUCCAUUGCUCAGAGAGCCAGUGUUGGGGAGCGGUUCUUCGAGUCCAUGAGCUACUCGCACAUGCUGAAAAAGAUGAGGAAGAGGUUGAUAGACACCUCCAACUUCCACAUGAACUUUGACCCUCAAAAAGACGGGUCCCACAAAAGGCGCAGAAGUUCCCACAGUCCCACCACCCCACCAAUUGUUGAUCCAAGCCUGGACUUUGGCCCAGGGACGGCGCGAGUGAACCAGGAAGCGGAGGAGAUUACCGAGUACGCCAGUUCUGUAGAGUUUCAUCGUAUGCUGGCCAAGCUGUUCCAGACGUACAGUUUGUGGCUGGAGGAGCCACGACUUCACGACGGGAACCUGUACCUCCCCGCCCUCCCUCCGCAGUACGAGGCUGUCAGACUGAACCAGGUCUUCCAGGGAUUCAUGGGUCCUUGGAUAGAGUUUGUGGACCUGGAUGGUGUCCAGUACACGCUGAGUUGUCUGGCAGCGGACUGGAGGAAGCGACUGACGUGCUCUAAGACAGCGCUGUACACGGCCGCGGCAGAGAGGAGGAACACUAUGAUCGAGCAAGGGGACGCCACAGAGCGGAUCACUCGUCGCCUGAGACGCUAUGACACGCCCAAGCCAGCGCCGGCCAUCCAGAAUGUGGCCAGCCCUGUGCCAGAAAUCAGCACGGCCAUUUUGGAAGACAAGGAGGCGCUGAACCAUCUCCUGGUUUCUGAUCUCCAAGUUCUCACACACUUCACCAAAGUUUUUGCUGUCCGCUGUGCUCAGCACUGUGCCCUGGACAAUGUUUACUUGGAACUCAUCCCUAAUCUGUGGGCAAACCUCACCAAAACGGUUCAGUUGAAUGCACCGUGCAAGAGCAAGGUGAACCCUCUGCACAGAUGUACCGGUCCUGCUGUGCUGCCUGUGAAGAUUGAGAGCAAGGAGAUGAAUGAGAUGAUGAACCGCAGAAUCGAGGAAAACCGUGCAGAGUACAAGCAGGUGAUGAUCGAGUCUCUGCUGCCCACUGCUCCCCACAUCUGCGUGGCUGCAGUUCACACGGAGAAUGCCAUAACCAUGCUCAUCAAAAUGAGUCAGCGCAGCAGUGAUACCUCACGUGUCAAACGCCUUCAUAAUAUCGCCUGUGACCUUUUCUUCCGUCUGGCUGACAUGGUGUGCGAUGAGGUCAACUUUUAUCCUCCAACCAAACAGUUCUUUGCUUCGUGCAUGGAAAUCCUAGGCCAGGAGUUUGUGUCUCGUGACGCGGCUCAGACAGAGGCAGUCCUACAGCUGUGCCUGGAGAACCCCAAGGUGUCGGGCCUGGUGUCCCCCCACUUCGUGCCCAACAGCUGCCCGGCUCAGCUGGUCACCAUGUACGGUCAGCUGCUGCAUGUGUUGCAGGCCCAGAACAUGGAGCUGGUCUUUAUGCUGCUCACCAAGUUCGACAUCCGUCAGUGGCUAGAGAGUCACAAUCCUCGCGAGGCGGAGCGUAAGAUGCUGGUGGAGUCGCUCGGGGCAGCCAUGAUGGCUUGUGGUGCCGAACCCGAGGCCAAUUCUAAACUGGUGUUCGGGCUGUACCUGGCUCACCUGGCUGCUCUCCUGGAGAGUCGGUUCCCGUCGAACCUGUGCCUGGUGGUCAACAUGGUUCUGCAAGGUUCAGCAGCUGAGCGCCUGCACACCCAGGUGUGGGAGACGUUGCUCCGGUGUUGCUUCACGGACAGAGUCGUUCACACCGCCGACGACGCUGAGACCAGGCAGAGGACGGACUCCGUGUUUGAUGCGGCGAAGGUGGAGGCGUGCGUGGACAGUCCUAUGUCCACUGUGCAGGUGAAAGAACUACUGGACUGGCUGGGAGCUUUCUUCAGUCAUGCCAAAAUGUCUGGAGGGUCUGAGAACUUUGGCCUGUACUCUCACUGGAGCCGAUACGUGCCCUACCUUGGCCUCAUGAUUGGUGCGCUGGCUCAGAGCUUCAUCACAAAGGUCGUCAACGGCUCUGAAGAGAUGCAACCUUUCCAGGUGUUGGAGCUGGUGUGGCAGCCGGUCAUCUCGGUGUACUCCCCCUGGCUCCAGCCACUGGUCACUCCAGAUGGACAGAUGACCGCGCCCUGGCUGGAAGGGGACAGCACUCAGGCGGUCAUCAUGGUGGCGUCCUUGAAGAAAUCGGUGCUGCACCUGUAUCAGCUGAUGCAUGCUAAGCACCCGACAUCUUCGGGCGGAGUCCUGUCCCUUCUCCUCAUGUACUACAUGACGGCCUUGAGUACCAAGGUUACCCCCGCUCAUGUGUCUGAUGUCUAUGUCAACGAACUGAAGGAACUGCCGUGGAAAUGUCUGUGGCCAGACCUACAGCUGCUGGAAACAAUGACAAAACUCAAGGAGGUAGCCUCAACAUGUUGCUACGCUCUGGUUGGUCACAUCUUGCCCCAGAUUAAGUGGAGGGAGGUGAUGAGCCACUUCUCCAGCCAGCUGCACCCAGACCUGGCGUCUCGCAUGGUGGCCUCCCUGGCCGUACUUCUGGUGCAGUCCUACGUGGACCCGACGUUCUCCGAGGAUGAAAACACGUGUCGUCUGUUGACGGAGGCAGAGACGUUUGAUUGGUCAUUGGUGAGACAAGAUGGCUUCUCCUGUGUCUGCAGCUGGUUUCUACAGCUGGCUGAGCCGAAGUGUGCGCUGGCCCAGCGCUCUUCCAAUCUAGCCUUGGGACUCAGGGUUCUGAAGCGGAUGUCUGGGUUCUUGCCGGAUGUCCCGUGGACUGACCAGAUCUCGACGAAACGCCUGAGCUUCAUCCACUGCCUCACCCAGCAGCUGUGCCAGGUGACCUACCUGAGUGACGUCAGCACCGACGCUGUGGGCACUGCCAUCAACAACCUCAUGUCUGACGUGGAGGCCGUGGAGUCUUCCGUUCCCUCCCCGGAGAUCCAAGCGGAGGAGUCAGCGAGCCUGCUGAAGGAUGUGCUGAGCCUGCUGAACAACAGCAACCCAGACGGGCCGUGGCUGGAGGUCAUCAUGUCGUCUGUGACUGGCUGGCUCCGCUCCUCCCCGCACAGCAUCCUGCUGGUGCCGUGUAUGAAGGCCGCCUCGCGCUGUCUCGCCUCGCUCUCCCAGAUGGCCGCAGUGAUGGAAGCAGGGAUUGAAGUGUAUUUCUCUGGCUUGGACGGAACUAGCCCGGUCAGCGGCAGCGAUCCGACGGGCUGGAGCUUCAUCCUCACGGUGUUCCAGGUGCCCGAACUGAACCAGGCCGGCUACGUCCAGGAGUCGCUAUCGGAGAACGCCUUCCUGGUCCUGUAUGCUUACCUGCAGCACCGGCUGCCCUUCUGUCAGAGGCCCGAGGAGGAGCUGGGGCUGAUGGAGGCUAUUCUGGACUGGACCUGUCGAGCUUUGCCAAGUGCGGAGGAUGAAUCCAAGUUGAUCUUGUGGUGGCAUAUGAUGCUGUUCUUGACGCAGCGACUAGUGGACGCUCCAUGGUCGUCACUCACCGGUGUGGUCAAUGUUCUGAGCCGGUUCAGCAACCACUUGAACUCUCUGGGCCAAGACCGAACCAGCCGCGGCUUUUUUGGAGUUAUCGGGCUAGGACGCAAGUCUUCACUUUCGUACAAGAUGCGGCUGUUGGCCCGAGCCCUCUCGGCUUUUCUGUCCUGCCAGCUGGUGACCGCUGAGAUACUCCGGGUGUACCCAACCAUGAAGAAAGGCAGCAACAACACACUGCAGGAACUGCGGGCCCUGAAGAAGAACAAGACAUACGCUCAGUGCUCCUCCACCAUCGACCAUGCCGUGGAGUUUGUGCAAGAUCCGAACCAUACCAUCCGCGAUAGCUUGCUGUUCCUCGCGACAGUGGUGAAAGAUCUGUACUCGGAUAAGCAGUACCUGAGUGUGGUUUGGCAGGAUCAGUGAGUUGUGGUGGCCCUGUGAUAUGAUAUAGAGAUAUGUAAAUGUUUGUGAAUAUUAUAAUAUGUGAGGCAUGCCGACAAAAUGAGUUACUUCUCGGAUUUUAGCCCGAUGGACAUAGAUGCGUCAAAUUUUUAGUUUGAAUUUGUACAAUUUGUUUAAUAAAAUGAUAAAGACGUAUUUAAACUUGAAGAGAAUGGAAUUAAUCGAAAGUCGGCAAAUUUUGAUGUGUCGGUUUUCGGCCGAUAUCGUCCUUUGUGGAUCGUGAGUAGUAAUUCAUUUUGCCAGCACACCUCACAUAUGUGGUCUGAUCUAAAGGAGGUUAUUAUAUUUUGCUGAAGUUAUGUAUUAUCAAUACCAAAAAGUAAUAUUUGAAGUUUAAAGUUGUAUGCUCUGAGAAUACUUAAUGAGAGAAUGGAGGAUUUUGAACAGGUGUAAAGAGACACAAGCAGGAUCGGAAAAUUUCACCUUGUGGGAAUAAUUUUCCUGUCUCCAUUUGAUUUAUUUAAACCUCAUUUUGACCGGCCUUAAAGUGUGGCGACUGAAGUGUUUGUUCACAUAGUGAUAUGUGUGAUGCAGCGCUUAUGUCGUGGUGAAUUUCAACCUAUUAUAUCAGUCAUUUACUCUGUUGUGGUAGCCUAAGUCUGAGUGACGGCCUUGAGUGACAUACUUCUUUGGGAAUAUUUCCCAUGUGGCAUAAAUAAAAUGUGAGACAUGGUGAAAUCAGGCGCUCAUCAAAAUAAUGAUUUUUGGCAAUUUUUAAUUGAAUUGUUUUAUUUUGGCUAAACACCAUUUAAUGUCCAUUUAAAACACGUUUCUGUGUGAAUUUGACUGAAAAAUGUUGAUUAAAGGCUCAAAAUAUGUAAUCUUUCAGUUUUCGACGACUCUCAAGCUAUUGAAGUUACCGAACUUUGGCAGCCAUUUUCUUGGUAAUUUUACCACUGAAACCAGGCGACCCCACCUUCUGCAAUUGCAAAUAUCUCGACUUCUAUUCAAGAUAGACGGUUAUUUUUUUCAUUGAAAGCACUGCAAAUGAAUAAGCUUUUCAAUGGAUACCAAUAACUCCACACGACCAAAUAUUGACCAGAGCCUGAUUCUACCGCGCCGUGACACAUAUUAGUUUUUAUGCUUUUGUCCAAGAUGUUGGACAUCUUGCUGUUCAGAAGUUGUGGUUUGCCGCUUUGAAUGCAAGUGUGAAGUGAUCUGUUGCUCCUGAGAGAUGGGAUGUGAAUGUGCUGUAACCAUGAAGAUGACGUGUGAGUUGUGUGAGGGGACUGCAGGUGAAUGUUAAUACACAUUACUUGAAGAUAAAUGACUCGACCUCAUUUUUAUGGUUUUUCAUAUGAUAAGUCACUCACCAUCAUUUUUUUGUUAAAAAAAACUAUGUUCUGAGAA